AUGAGUUUAGCUAGACAGAUUGCUUCAAAAAGUCCUGUUGCUGUUCAAGGUACAAAAUUGGCAAUGAAUUACGCUCGGUCUCAUGGAAUUGAGGAUUCCUCUGAAUGGAUUAGAAAUUGGAAUGCAUCAAUGCUUCAAACUAUGGAUAUAAGUGAAAAUGUUAAAGCAAAAUUGUCAAAAACAAGUGAUAACCCUGUAUUUAAAGAUUUUUAA